UGUGAUGUCGGAGCUAUGGGCCGACGCCGACCCUAUUCUAUGGUUGCAAAAUGGGCUGGCCCGUUUUCUCAGCCCGGUAGGGAAGACCAAGACCUGGUCACGGAGGAACUCCAGCUUCUGGAACCUUCCUUCCGCUCACGACCUCAGUCCCCUCCCAGGCCCAGGCAGCCGCCGCCCGUCUCUCUCUCCUCCGAGUCCCUUCUCCCACCGCUGCAAGCGCUCGCCCGAGCCACCUCCCUCUCUCCCUGUGUCCUGACCGUGAUUUGGGCGUGGCAUCCUAAGGCGGUCAAGAUUCGAGAGGCUGGAAGAACCAAGCGUAGGGCCUCCGCCACCACGUCGUCGUCCGCGCGCGCCGCCCGCCGGCGCAAGGAGGCGCCACAGCCUCCGACGCCUAGGGAGAUGGGGGCCGAUUACUACAAGGUCCUCGGCGUCGACCGCGGCGCCGGCGACGACGACCUCAAGAAGGCCUACCGGAAGCUCGCCAUGCGAUGGCACCCCGACAAGAACACUACCAACAAGAAGGAGGCAGAAACCAAGUUCAAGGAUAUCUCUGUUGCAUAUGAGGUCCUUAGCGAUCCCAAGAAACGUGCAAUCUAUGAUCAGCUAGGAGAAGAAGGGCUCAAGGGGCAGCCGCCCCCAGGAGCAGGAGGUUCUGGCGCAUUCCCCUUCUUCCCUGGCGGGGCUCAUUCCACCGCUCCCCAUUUUAAUCACAGGAGUGCGGAUGAUAUAUUUAAGGAGUUCUUUGGAUCCCCUGGCAUGGGUGGCAUGAGAGCGGAACCAGGAUUCCAGAGGUCAAUGUUUGGCAACGAUAUCUUCUCUUCACGCUUUGGCGCUGAGGGUUCCACCAGUAUGCAGCAGCCACCACGCAAGGCAGCUGCAAUUGAGAACCCACUUCCAGUCAGCCUUGCAGAUCUGUACAAGGGUGUCACGAAAAAGAUGAAAAUCUCAAGAGAGGCUAUAGAUGCCAGCGGGAGAAUCUCAAACGCAGAGGAUAUUCUGACAAUAGAAGUAAGGCCUGGUUGGAAGAAGGGAACAAAGAUUACAUUUCCCGACAAGGGGAAUGAAGCUCCAAACAUGAAAGCUGCUGAUAUUGUUUUCAUCCUCGAUGAGAAGCCCCAUGAUGUUUUCACUCGGGAUGGGAAUGAUCUUGUGGUGACUGAGAAAAUCUCGCUGGUGGAAGCGCUGAUUGGAUAUACUGCACGUGUCACUACGCUUGAUGGGCGGAGCCUAUCAUUGCCCAUCAACUCGAUAAUCCAUCCGAGCUACGAAGAGGUAGUUCCUAGAGAGGGCAUGCCAAUACCCAAGGACCCCUCUAAGAAGGGAAAUCUGCGGAUUAAGUUCAACAUAAUGUUCCCUUCUAGGCUGACGUCUGAUCAGAAGGCUGGUCUCAAAAGGAUAUUGGGUUCUUAGGCCGCCUCAAAUGACAUUUUAUAGUGAAAGGCGAAGCCAUUUUUGCGGGCUCCGGCUCCUCCUGUGAAAAUGUGAAAAGGGCUUCGGCUCCUCCUGGAGGAUUAUGCACGACAGGAGCUCAGGAUUAUGCUGUAGGCAAACUUCGGUGUUUACUGGCACAAAUCAAGUGGGAUUAAAACUUAUGAUAGAAUGCUUAUUUCUUCUUUGGCCAUGCUAUAAAGAUAUAGGGCAUGGAUGUGCAGUUUAAAAGUCUAAUGAUGAGUGAUAAUGUACACUUAUAAAAUCUAGUAAUUUAUUGAAGCACAAAAAAAAUUGAAAAUAAAUCCAACUUAAAGAGUUUAAAAUAGAUGAGUUGAUAAUACUGCAGCAGGAGUCCGACUCUGUCCUGUUUACAAAGAAGAUAUAUAGAUAGGUCCAUGUCCAAUGAGUAUAGUCGAUCUAAACUGCUGAGCUGAGAGAGAGGGAGAGAGAGAGAGUUACAGGCGUAUAUGAAGGUCACUCGACGAUCAUCUGUUCUGCAAUGUGCUGCUGUUCAACACCAGAUAAUAGAUUGGUAAUAAACAAAGCGACUCAAGACGAAUACUACAAAACAAGGCAUAAUCUUGAUUGUCGACGAUGUUGUUGUUGUGUCCCAGACGCAGAAGGUAAAAUAUUCACAGCAGUCAGCUCAUCAUGCGCUCUUUUUCUGGAUUUAAGAAAAUAUAUAGUAAGAUGGCACAGCAAUCAAAUGUGCAUCCACAUUUCCACUGAUACCGCUUCAUGUAUUGAGGAAAACUCACCCUUUUCUCCUCUUCAAUCUUAGCCUUAAUGUAAGAGUACAUAGCAACACCAGCUAUGGCAAUGGACGUGCCAAUUCCAGUUUGUGUGCUAAUUUUGUUGCC